GCGACAUUACUUUCACAGUCGUCUUCCUUGUGGACGUUGUCGUUCGUAUCUGCCUUCUGGGUCGACUUUUCUGGAAGAGCAUGAUGAACUACAUUGACCUAGGCGUCGUGAUUACCUCUAUGGUGGAGAUCACUGUGUUUUAUGCGACCACGAUGCCGGUCAAUCCCGUGUUGUUCCGGCUGCUGAGAAUUGGAAAACUUGCACGUGCCUUUCGGAUGGUCCACAUGACCUCUGUGUUAGCGUCAUUGCAGCUGCUGGUCAAGUGCCUUAUGUCCAGCGCGAACAUGCUGUUUUGGAGUUUUUUGCUGUUGACUUUCGUGCAGUGCGUGGCGGGCUUGGUCAUCAGCACGCUUGUCCUCGACUUCAUCGCAGACCCGUCGGUUGACGUGGCUCUGAGAGAGGAAGUCUUCCUUCUUUAUGGCACAUUUUCCAGGACGUUCCUUACCAUGUUUGAAGUGCUUUUCGCAAAUUGGGGCCCAGCCUGCAGAGUACUGAUGGAGAAUGUCAGCGAAUGGUUUUCGUUGUUCUUCCUGUUGUACCGAUGCGUUCUCGGAUUCGCCGUCUUAAACAUUAUCAAUGCCGUCUUCGUCCAGCAAACCAUGAAAACUGCAAGCUCGGACGAAGAGAUCGCGUUCAAACAAAAAGAGAAGGAUAUCCAAUCCUACACCAGAAAAGUCAAGAAGCUAUUCCAAACGAUGGAUGCAAGUGGCGAUGGCGCCAUUAAUCUUGCUGAAUUUUCGAAGCUUGUGCAGUCUCCAAAGCUCAAGUUCUGGAUGGGUCAGCUCGAGUUAGAGUACCACGACUUGCUGAGUCUGUUCGAGUUCCUGGAUAAUGGAGAUGGUGAAAUCACUUUAAUGGAAUUCAUCGAGGGUGCAGCCCGUCUGCGGGGCAGUGCGAAGGCCCUGGACAUUUGGCGUGUGGAAACCAAAGUUGAGGUGCUUUUUGAGGAGGUUUUGAAGCUAUUGCAGCCGGAUACGGAUUCUGUCGGACUUCAGAGCGUGCAGAAGGUGUUCAACAACUCGUCCUAUCGGCACAUCAAGUGCACGCAGAUGGUGCGGCAGACCUCGUA